CCAUUCGCUAUUGUUUUGGGGAUUUGGUGUCUCCAUAAUCGGCUAAAUUAUUUUGCAUUUUCGAUUUUGCAAGGUUUUUAGAGAGGCGUAGGGGCUGAUUUUGGCAGCAUCCGCAUCUGGAGGAUUUGUUCUUUGCUUUGAUGCCACUGUACGUAGUGAUGGUCGCUGGACCCAAGUCAACAAACGGGCAGGAGUCAGCCAAUGACAGUGCCGCGGGCAGCGUUGGUUUGGUGCGGAGGCGUGGCUCCUCGCAGUGGCUCCGGCAAGACCCGGUGGCGAGCACGAGUUCUUCGGGCCGAAGCCUGUUCCAGCGGGCCGCCGACGGAGGCGCCAGUCUGCGCGUGGACAAGUGCCGCGUCGUUCUCACGCGAAUACCUGAGCUGGACGCCCUGACGAAGAACACGCCGUCGGUGCGGCUGCCCCCUGAGGCCACCGAAGCAGACUUGCGCAAGACCCUCAAUGACACCAGGAGUGAACCUUCUGUGGAUGAAGACCCGCAGUAUGUCCUGAAGACUGAACCAAAGCUCUACAAGAUCGAUCUCGCCGCUCUUGGCCUGCCUGCUCCUCCUGAAGACAUGCCAGACAUUGACGUUCUGACGCCGUGUUGUUCGCAGAUCGACGUAUUCUCGUUUGGACUCACUUCUUUUCCCACUCUCCCAAAACCAACUCCUCACGUCGACCUCUAUGAUAAGAACUUUCCAGGCAUCGAGGGCCGCCGCGUGGAGGUGCACUGUUGCGAGUGUCUGAGGCUGAUGAGCGUGAAGGAAUUCGUCAAGCACCUCUCUGUCUGCUUGAAAAACGGAGAGCAGUGUCCUUUGUGCGGCAGGUGCAAGCCGAUGGAAGGCCUUUCGUCCCACGUCCUGCGCCACUUUAUCCUCAACGAGCUUCGACAGCCCGUUUGCUGCCCUUUGUGCCAAUCUGUGCUGUACAACGAGGCCAACCUGACGAUGCACGAGCUCUCCAUCCACCUCUGAAGCUGCGAUAAGUUUAUUUUCUCUUAGCUUCGUACGGCACAGCACGAACAGUGAUUUUUAUUUCGAGAUACUUUGGUUUUAAGAAAUCCAACCCUGAUGUGGGGUGGAGUAUCAGUCUAUAACCCUUAAAAAGAAGGUGUAACAGAGACACUGAGAAUUUCAGGGGUUGAUUUUUUUUUGUUUUCUAUUCGUUUACGCUUAAAUAUCGAAAAAUUCACUGAAUAUUGUUGAGGAAUGUUCAAAAUCUCUAAUUUUUGAAAAUAAAUUGCUUUUCAGUAUUAUA